UGCAACGCGUGAGCGCGCACUCCCCCUACCGCUCGGUCCCGCUCGCUCCCGGAAUCGAGAGCGCGCACAGGGAAUAACUACUUUUCUCUUUCUUUUUCUCUCGCCGUAUCUGUUUCUCGGUGAAAAUGGGAGCCGUGUCCCCGUGUUUCUCUCUGUCUCCGCUUCUCCUCUGCUUCUGCCUCGUCUUUCUGCUCUGUGCGACCCAGAAAGCCAAAGACAGGAGGACCGUAGGUGCGAGGGACACCGAGUUCGUGGACAAGUACAGUGUGUGUGCUCAGGGUCCUCCUGGAGUGCAGGGGCGUGAUGGUAAUCCGGGUGUGAACGGCAUUCCUGGCACCCCAGGGAUCCCUGGGCGUGAUGGAGUGAAGGGGGAGAAGGGCGAGUGUUUGACAGAGAGAUUUGAGGAACCAUGGAAGCCCAACUACAAGCAGUGUGCGUGGAGCGCGCUGAACUACGGCAUCGACCUCGGCAAGAUCGCUGACUGUACCUUCACUAAGCUGCGUUCGGACAGCGCCCUGCGAGUGCUCUUCAGUGGUUCUCUCCGGCUGAAGUGUAAGUCGGCCUGCUGCGGUCGCUGGUACUUCACCUUCAAUGGGGCCGAGUGCACGGGGCCCCUACCCAUCGAGUCCAUUAUCUACCUGGACCAGGGCAGUCCAGAGUUCAACUCCACCAUCAACAUGCACCGCACCUCCACAGUGGAAGGCCUGUGUGAAGGCAUCAGCGCUGGUCUGGUGGACGUGGGGAUUUGGGUCGGGACGUGUGCUGAUUACCCACGUGGAGACGCCUCCACUGGCUGGAACUCAGUAUCCAGGAUGAUCAUUGAAGAACUUCCCAAAUAAUUCCUCGCUCUCAUCCCGUCUGCUCUGUUCUCGGAACUCUGUAACCAGAAACACACACACACACACACACACACACACACACACACUAGCGAAAAUCUAUUUUCUCUGCAUUCCUCACAUUCGAUACUGCCAGUCAUUUUUUUAGUAAAUGUUACACACACACACACACACACACACACACACACACACACACACACACACACACACACACACACACACAGGAACCUCUCAGGAUCAGGUUCUGGAUUUCUGGAGCUGUGAGGAGGCAUUGCUGUAAAUACAAUUCAAACCUCAAACACAACACAGGUGCUUUUUUUUUGUCUACAGAGUUUAAACGUGGAAAAUAAACUCCACAAUUAUUUCUAAUCUGUUUUUACAACAAUUAUAUUUCGAGCAGGGUGUGUCUCAGACUAGUGGGCGUGUCCGAUUACUACAUACAUAACUUUUUUUUCCUUACAUGAAGACUUCCAGAUGUGGACUUGGCCACACACACACACACACACACACACACACACACACACACACACACACACACACACACACACACACACAGUUUGCCUUGCGACUUAUUUCCAUUGUGUUGAUUCCAUUGUGCGCCAAAUAAAUGCGAGUGUUUUAUA